GUAGUUUCUUCAUCGGACGGUUUUUCAGUGGACUUAUUUUCAGUCCGGGAAACCGGAAGUUGUGUGCCUGUCUCCUUCUGGCUGAGAGCAAAUGAGUUGCUGUAAAGACUCCAGUCUAUCUGUAAAGCAGCUUUGGCCUCUGACUCCCCAGGUGUGACUGUUCUCCUUGGGCUGUGCUGCGUUCAUGUGCGUGUCUGUUUUGAUUGGCCUUUGGGGUAAUGUACAGUGCCUAUCAGGACCGUGAGGAGUUGGAGGACAACCUCUAUCAAGAGGAUGGCGACUCAGACGUGUCAGAGGCCAACAGUGAGCUGGAGUUCCACCUCUACAGCCAGCUCCACUACUCCUCAAAUGCUGGGGAGCUGGACGAGCCACAGCCUGGAGCAGAGGAAGAGAACAACAGACAGGAAAGCCAGGAAGGUGGUGCACUUGAAAAAACUACAGACGAAGACACAAAACUGAGAUGUACAAAGCAGAGCAACCCCAGAUCCUCUACUGAUGACCAUUUAAAGACAAAGAAGGAUGCAAAAAAGAAAAGAUGCAAAAUUGAGCCAAAAAUUCCAAAGCUGUUGUCGUCGCGCUUUGAGGAGGUUAUUGUGAUCGACUCCAGCCCGGGCGUCAUCUCUAUCUCUGACAAUGACAGUGAUGAUGAAGAUGAUGCAAGUGUUUGUGCUCUAAAGGUUAAAGGUUCACAGACCCUGCAGACAUCCACUCCUGCACAACAGAAAUCCCAGAAAAGAAAAGGGAGUCUCUUUGUUCCAGUGGCCGUUCUGUCCAGCAGCUCCGAAUUCUCUGAGUCCGAGUCUGAAUCAGAAUCGUUGGAUUCGUCUGAUGUGGACAAUCUGGAGAACUGGAUGAUCCUGGGUCAGGGGAGGCAGGACGGAGACCAGUCCAUCUCACUCAAUGUGGAAGGAGGGUCUUACAGCAGCAGCACAGAUGCUGACGAAGAAGAAAAAGAAGAAGGAAGUUGGAUUGUUUCAGAGAAAGAUAAGGAGGCUCAGAUCUUUAACAAAGGCAAGGGUCACAGGAUCGCAGUGCACCGUAUGUCUAACCGAUACUACACUGGGAAGAACGUCCACUGCAGAAACUGCAACAAGACAGGACAUCUGUCAAAGAACUGUCCUCACCCCAAAAAAAUGAUGCCUUGCUUUCUUUGCGGCUCAAUGGGUCACCAGGCCAUUAGCUGUCCCAAUAAGCACUGCAACAACUGUGGGCAGCCUGGACACCUCAGCAGGUCCUGCAACGAAAAAUCUUAUUGGCACAAGCAGUGCCAUCGCUGCAGCAUGAGGGGACACUUCUUCGAUGAUUGUCCAGAGAUCUGGAGGCAGUACCACAUUACAACUAAGAAAGGUCCUCCUGUGAAGCAGCAGGGAGGCGAAGGUGCUCAGUCUGUUGCCUACUGCUACAACUGUUCCAAGAAGGGACACUUUGGUUAUGAAUGUACAAAACAAAGGAUGUUCAAUGGGGUUUUUCCCAGCUGCCCUUUCAUCGGUCACUAUGACACUGUGACGGACAUAAACCGCAGACAACACAGAGUGAAGAUGAAGGCCAAAGAUUUGGGAAGAAAUGGCAAUCUGUCUUCUGCAUCCCCAGUCCCUCCAACCCCUGCACCACUAAGGAAGAAACAGAAAAUCAACCAUCACAACGCCAGCCCCCACCCUACGAAUACGCCUCACCGAAUGCCAAACAGCUACAGACCAAGUCCAAGUCACAUCAUCUUCAAUGAUGACGACUUUAAUGAUGCUACACCCAAAACAAAGAUGGCUAAGUUUCCCAAAAGUGGUGGCAGUGCAAAACCAUGGAAGCCUAAAAGAGCUGUUCCCACCACAAGAGACACAGUGCCAUUGAGCAAGCUAGUUGUUGAUGAAGCAGAUGACUUUCCCAGAGGAGGACAGCCUCAAGGAAACAAGGAGGAGAAGAUGAGAAAGAAGAAGGGCUGUAGAACAAAACAAGUUAAUUCAUCUAUAGCAGACCAUGUUUUUAGGACUGGAGGAGAGAGGAGUCAGGACUCAAAAUCGUCAAAAAAGAAUCAGACAGGACAGAAGAAAAGACAGAAGGGACGUUCCAAUAAGACUGCUAAAAAACAACUGCGUGGAGCCACCUAUUCAGAAGAAGAUAACCUGUUUCUCAUUAAACAGCGGAAACGCAGCAGAUAGUAGCAGUGUGUGUUAGAUUGUAUCAGUUUAUUUAGGAAUAUUUUGUUAUUGAGUUUUAAAUCAUUAGAACUGAAGCCAGAAUUAUGUCUCUAAAACCCUUUAUUGGAUGUUUUUACAAGAACCAUUUUUCAUCCCAGUAACAAAAGUUGCAAGAAGUCAGAUUACUGAAUGCUAAUUCUACUUAACAAUGUGUAAACACAGGGAACCACAAGUAUUUUAAACUACCAAAUGUUGCAUCCAGGACGUCCUUUGCAACAGUAACAUUUAUCACAUAAAAAAAUUUGUGACAGUUCAUAUUAUGUAACUGUAUACAUUUAUAACUCAUACUAAUAUGAAUGCUACAAUCUGAAUCUAGUUACUUAUUUUGUGUUUUUGACAACGUAGUGUUUUCGUUUUCACCGUGAUUUAAGUCAAAGAGCUCAAACAGCAGAUAUUGCUAAAUAUACAAACUGUUCAUAAAAUGGUUGCUUUGUAUGAUCAGAUCAGUUUGACAGUUUUUCAGUUUCUUUUGUCAGACACGAUCACAUGUUGGUGAUGUUAGUUUAGUUUUGUUGAUAAGGUUUGGGUUACAGUGAAACAUUUUCAUGAUUCCUGCUUGUUUCUACACUGUAAAGUUAAUUCCCUGGUACACUCUGUAACUGAAGUACAGUACGAUCCUCUGUUCUAAACACAGCUGUAACAUUUCAGUUUGGGAAGGAAGUUUUUCUUUUUUAAAACAAACUUGGAAAUGAGUUCUUUCGUUGUGAACUCUAAAUAUACCGUUUACUGUCAGUUUGAUAGUUUAUUCAAAAUGAAUGAACAGAAUCUGAACAAUUCCUGUGGCCUCUUGUUACAGUGUGACUCUGAUGCUGAUCUGCAAACAGUUCCAAAACAAGUUUUGGAUUAAAUGAAUCGCUAACAUCCUUUUAAA